AUGGCCGCCGCCAAGCACACCCUCGCCGACAGCGACGCCGCCGUCCGACCUUUCAAGAAGUCAAAGGUCGAAAACGGCGUCGAUGGGGUGGUGAAGAAGGAAAAGAAGGGCAAGGACAAGAAAAAGGACAAGAAAGCCAAAGCGGAGGCCCCCCCCAAUAGCGCCGACGACAACGACGACGAGGCCCAGCGCAAGGCGGAGAAGGCGGCAAAGAAGGCCAGAAAGCAAGAAAAGAAGGAGAAGAAGCUGAGGGAGGCCCAGCAAGGACAGGAGGUGGAACAGCAGGACGUGCCGAGGGACGACGCCGUUGCCGUCUGUGAGCCUUCUGCCGAAGAGAAGAAAAAGUCCAAAAAGGACAAGAAGAACAAGACGGAACAGAGGACGGAUAGCAAGCCCUCCCUCGGAUACGUCCAGACCAUGAGCCUCUCCAACGUCCCCGAAGCGGACAUUGACGCUUUCUUGUCGACCAAGGAAAUCGCCAUCAGCGACCCAAAGUCGAAGAACGUCACGCUCCGUCCCAUCAUCGAGUUCGAGCACCUGCCCUCAACCAACCUCCUCGAGAAGAAGCCAUCGCCGUUUGCCGGCUUCAAGGCCCCGACGCCCAUCCAGGCUGCCUCGUGGCCCUUCACCCUCUCCGGCAGGGACGCUGUCGGCGUCGCCGAGACGGGCUCCGGCAAGACCAUGGCCUUUUCCCUACCCUGCGUCGAAGCCGUCUCCGCGAUGAGCCAGAAGGGCACCAAGGCCGUCAUCGUGUCGCCGACACGUGAGCUCGCCAUGCAGACGCACGUCCAGCUCGCCGCCCUCGCCGCCCUCGUCAAGCUACGAUGCGUCUGCCUCUUCGGCGGAUCCUCCAAGGACGAGCAGCGGGCCCUCAUCAACAAGGGCGCCGACAUCAUCGUUGCCACCCCCGGCCGGUUGAAGGAUUUCAUGUCCGACGGCACCGUCGACCUCGGCGCCGCCCGCUUCGUCGUCCUCGACGAGGCCGACCGCAUGCUCGACAAGGGUUUCGAGGACGACAUCAAGGAGAUCCUCGGCGCCUGCCCGACCCGCGACCAGCGCCAGACGCUUAUGUUCACCGCCACCUGGCCGCAGUCGGUGCAAGCGAUCGCGUCGACCUUCAUGGUGGAACCUGUCAAGAUCACCAUCGGCCGCGGCGCCAACGGGACCGAAGGCGGCGCCGUCGAGCUGCAGGCGAACUCGCGCAUCACCCAGCGCGUCGAGGUCCUCGAACCUCGGGACAAGGAAUUCCGCCUGCUCCAGAUCCUCAAGGAGCGCCAGGUCGGCAAGGCGAAGAACGACCGCAUCCUGGUCUUCUGCCUGUACAAGAAGGAGGCCACGCGUGUUGAGGCCCUCCUGGCCCGCAAGGGCAUCCGCGUCGGCGGCAUCCACGGCGACCUGCGACAGGAGCAGCGGACGAGGAGUCUGGAGGCCUUCAAGUCGGGCGAGACGCCUGUCUUGGUGGCCACGGAUGUCGCCGCGCGAGGGUUGGACAUUCCCGAGGUCAAGCUCGUCAUCAACGUCACGUUCCCCCUGACCAUUGAGGACUACGUCCACCGAAUCGGGCGAACGGGCCGUGCUGGUAAAACGGGCGAGGCCAUCACCAUGUUUACCGUCGUGGACAAGGCCCAUUCUGGAUCAUUGAUCAACAUCCUGAAGGGCGCCCAGCAGCCUGUGCCCGACGAGCUGCUCAAGUUCGGCACAACGGUCAAGAAGAAGACGCACGACAUGUACGGCUCCUUCUUCAAGGACGUCGACAUGACGCAAAAGGCGACCAAGAUUACGUUUGAUUAG